AUGGCUAAAGCGUAUAGAAAAGAAGAUUUUGAUUACAUUAUGUCAAAGAUUGGAAAGGUUGAUCCAAGGGUUAAGGAAUAUUUGAAAGAAGCUGGCUAUGAGAAAUGGUCUCGAUGUCACGCUCCUGUUAAUAGAGGUAGAAUGAUGACCUCUAAUAUAGCUGAAUGUAUUAACGGUUGUUUGGUAGAGGUUAGAGUACUUCCUAUUUUAGGUUUCCUUGAAGAAGUGAGGAUUCUAUUUUCUGCAUGGAAUUGUAAGAACAGUGAAAUUGCAUCUUAUACAAACACAACGCUUGGGAGAAGAUUUCAAGAAAUACUAACUGAUAAUGGGGUUAAAUCGUUGUGGAUGACGGUUAAGGCAGCUGGUAGUUAUCUGUACUGUGUGUAUGAAUCAGGAAGGAGGUACAUUAUUGAUAUUGAGCGUGGCACGUGUAGCUAUUGUCGGUAUCAAAUUGAUGAAAUUUCAUUUGCACACGCAAUUGUGGUUUUGAAGAAUAUGAAAGAUUGGAUUGAACCAGAUUUUGUUGAUGCAGAUGAAGUCUUGCCACCCAAAUACAGAAGACCUCCCGGGAGGUCAAAAAAAGGAAGACAUUUGAAAUCUAGUAAAUCACUUACAAGUUCAAGCCAUUGCGGUAAAUGCGAGCGUGCAGGCCACAACCGUAGGACAUGCGGUUUCUUCCCAAAAGAAAGUUGA